AUGUCCAUUUCUGGCACCCUCAGCAAUUAUUAUGUCGACUCCAUCAUAAACCACGAGAGCGAAGAUUCUCCAACUAAAUUCCCCUCCGGCCAAUUCUCGGCUGCCAGGCAGGGGAGCGAACAUCUGGAAUUCCCCUCGUGCAGUUUCCAACCCAAACCCGCGGUUUUUGGGGCUCCCUGGGCUUCCCCCGUGUACCCCGCGUAUCUCCCGCAGCAAAGCGCGGCCGAGUCGCGCUUCCUGCGCGGUUGGAUCGAACCCGCGCCCCGCGCGGAAUCCGCGCCCGUCAAAUCGGAACCGCUGUUGAUUCCGAAAAGCAACCAGGAUUUCCAUCUAGAAACUUCUGCCGGAGCUCACAGGCGAGGUGGCUUCGAGGAUCAUAAAGUUUGUGAAGGAAGCGAGGACAAAGAGAGGACAGAUCAAACCAACCCCAGCUGGCUGCAGGCUCGCUCCUCGCGCAAGAAGCGCUGCCCCUACAGCAAAUUCCAAACUCUGGAGCUGGAGAAGGAAUUUCUGUUCAACGCGUACCUGAGCCGUGAGCGGCGGCACGAGGUGGCGCGGCUGCUCAACCUCAGCGAGCGCCAGGUGAAAAUCUGGUUCCAGAACCGGAGAAUGAAGAUGAAGAAAAUGAACAAGGAGCAGGGCAAAGAGUGA